GCAACCACAGCAACAGUGGCAGCCGAAGAAGCAGAAGCAGGCCCAUCGUCUGCCCGCCUCCUUGCUGCGUUGGCUCCCGAUGACACGAAAGAGCAGAGCCUCAUGACGUCUGUCCUCCAGUUCUGCUCUCUUUGCCUUGCACGUUCUGCUCUCGUUGCCUUGCACGUUCUUCUCUCUUUGCCUUGCACGUUCUGCUCUCUUUGCCUUGCACGUUCCGCUCUCUUUGCCUUGCACGUUCUUCUCUCUUUGCCUUGCACGUUCUGCUCUCUUUGCCUUGCACGUUCUGCUCUCUUUGCCUUGCAUGUUCUGCUCUCUUUGCCUUGCACGUUCUGCUCUCUUUGCCUUCCACGUUCUGCUCUCUUUGCCUUGCACGUUCUUCUCUCUUUGCCUUGCACGUUCUGCUCUCUUUGCGUUGCACGUUCUGCUCUCUUUGCCUUGCACGUUCUUCUCUCUUUGCCUUGCACGUUCUGCUCUCUUUGCCUUGCACGUUCUGCUCUCUUUGCCUUGCACGUUCUGCUCUCUUUGCCUUGCACGUUCUGCUCUCUUUGCCUUGCACGUUCUGCUCUCUUUGCCUUGCACGUUCUUCUCUCUUUGCCUUGCACGUUCUUCUCUCUUUGCCUUGCACGUUCUUCUCUCUUUGCCUUGCACAUUCUUCUCUCGUUGCCUUGCACGUUCUGCUCUCUUUGCCUUGCACGUUCUGCUCUCUUUGCCUUGCACGUUCUGCUCUCGUUGCCUUGCACGUUCUUCUCUCUUUGCCUUGCACGUUCUGCUCUCUUUGCCUUGCACGUUCCGCUCUCUUUGCCUUGCACGUUCUUCUCUCUUAGCCUUGCACGUUCUUCUCUCUUUGCCUUGCACGUUCUUCUCUCGUUGCCUUGCACGUUCUGCUCUCUUUGCCUUGCACGUUCUGCUCUCUUUGCCUUGCACGUUCUGCUCUCGUUGCCUUGCACGUUCUGCUCUCUUUGCCUUGCACGUUCUGCUCUCUUUGCCUUGCACGUUCCGCUCUCUUUGCCUUGCACGUUCUUCUCUCUUUGCCUUGCACGUUCUGCUCUCUUUGCCUUGCACGUUCUGCUCUCUUUGCCUUGCACGUUCUGCUCUCUUUGCCUUGCACGUUCUGCUCUCUUUGCCUUGCACGUUCUGCUCUCUUUGCCUUGCACGUUCUUCUCUCUUUGCCUUGCACGUUCUUCUCUCUUUGCCUUGCACGUUCUUCUCUCUUUGCCUUGCACAUUCUUCUCUCGUUGCCUUGCACGUUCUGCUCUCUUUGCCUUGCACGUUCUGCUCUCUUUGCCUUGCACGUUCUGCUCUCGUUGCCUUGCACGUUCUUCUCUCUUUGCCUUGCACGUUCUGCUCUCUUUGCCUUGCACGUUCCGCUCUCUUUGCCUUGCACGUUCUUCUCUCUUAGCCUUGCACGUUCUUCUCUCUUUGCCUUGCACGUUCUUCUCUCGUUGCCUUGCACGUUCUGCUCUCUUUGCCUUGCACGUUCUGCUCUCUUUGCCUUGCACGUUCUGCUCUCGUUGCCUUGCACGUUCUGCUCUCUUUGCCUUGCACGUUCUGCUCUCUUUGCCUUGCACGUUCCGCUCUCUUUGCCUUGCACGUUCUUCUCUCUUUGCCUUGCACGUUCUGCUCUCUUUGCCUUGCACGUUCUGCUCUCUUUGCCUUGCACGUUCUUCUCUCUUUGCCUUGCACGUUCUUCUCUCUUUGCCUUGCACGUUCUGCUCUCUUUGCCUUGCACGUUCUGCUCUCUUUGCCUUGCACGUUCUGCUCUCGUUGCUUUGCACGUUCUUCUCUCUUUGCCUUGCACGUUCUUCUCUCUUUGCCUUGCACGUUCUGCUCUCUUUGCCUUGCACGUUCUGCUCUCUUUGCCUUGCACGUUCUGCUCUCGUUGCCUUGCACGUUCUUCUUUCUUUGCCUUGCACGUUCUGCUCUCUUUGCCUUGCACGUUCCGCUCUCUUUGCCUUGCACGUUCUUCUCUCUUUGCCUUGCACGUUCUGCUCUCUUUGCCUUGCACGUUCUGCCCUCGUUGCCUUGCACGUUCUUCUCUCUUUGCCUUGCACGUUCUGCUCUCUUUGCCUUGCACGUUCCGCUCUCUUUGCCUUGCACGUUCUUCUCUCUUUGCCUUGCACGUUCUGCUCUCUUUGCCUUGCACGUUCUGCUCUCUUUGCCUUGCACGUUCUUCUAUCUUUGCCUUGCACGUUCUUCUCUCUUUGCCUUGCACGUUCUUCUCUCUUUGCCUUGCACGUUCUUCUCUCGUUGCCUUGCACGUUCUGCUCUCUUUGCCUUGCACGUUCUGCUCUCUUUGCCUUGCACGUUCUGCUCUCGUUGCCUUGCACGUUCUUCUCUCUUUGCCUUGCACGUUCUGCUCUCUUUGCCUUGCACGUUCCGCUCUCUUUGCCUUGCACGUUCUUCUCUCUUUGCCUUGCACGUUCUGCUCUCUUUGCCUUGCACGUUCUGCUCUCUUUGCCUUGCACGUUCUUCUAUCUUUGCCUUGCACGUUCUUCUCUCUUUGCCUUGCACGUUCUUCUCUCUUUGCCUUGCACGUUCUUCUCUCUUUGCCUUGCACGUUCUUCUCUCGUUGCCUUGCAUGUUCUGCUCUCUUUGCCUUGCACGUUCUGCUCUCUUUGCCUUGCACGUUCUGCUCUCGUUGCCUUGCACGUUCUUCUCUCUUUGCCUUGCACGUUCUGCUCUCUUUGCCUUGCACGUUCCGCUCUCUUUGCCUUGCACGUUCUUCUCUCUUUGCCUUGCACGUUCUGCUCUCUUUGCCUUGCACGUUCUGCUCUCUUUGCCUUGCACGUUCUUCUCUCUUUGCCUUGCACGUUCUUCUCUCUUUGCCUUGCACGUUCUGCUCUCUUUGCCUUGCACGUUCUGCUCUCUUUGCCUUGCACGUUCUGCUCUCGUUGCUUUGCACGUUCUUCUCUCUUUGCCUUGCACGUUCUGCUCUCUUUGCCUUGCACGUUCUGCUCUCUUUGCCUUGCACGUUCUUCUCUCUUUGCCUUGCACGUUCUGCUCUCUUUGCCUUGCACGUUCGGCUCUCUUUGCCUUGCACGUUCUUCUCUCUUUGCCUUGCACGUUCUUCUCUCUUUGCCUUGCACAUUCUGCUCUCUUUGCCUUGCACGUUCUUCUCUCUUUGCCUUGCACGUUCCGCUCUCUUUGCCUUGCACGUUCUGCUCUCUUUGCCUUGCACGUUCUUCUCUCUUUGCCUUGCACGUUCUGCUCUCGUUGCCUUGCACGUUCUGCUCUCUUUGCCUUGCACGUUCUGCUCUCGUUGCCCUGCACGUUCUUCACCUAUCUCAUCUCCAAACCUGCCUGGCUGGCACAGCGCUCAGCGCCGGGGCCCCUCACCUCAAAGGUCGCACGGCCUUCCGGUCUUCUUCACACAUUGCCUUCCCCUAUGCCCUUCCCUGCACCCGCCCUUCCUUGCACCCGCCCUGCCCUGCAGCGUCUGCCGCUGCGCCAAUCAAGCGAGACCAGCUGCUCGCUUGGGAGAGCCUCGGGACAGCCAAUGACGAGCGAAUCAGGGCGUGCCAGGUGGCAGUGGCGCGGGCGCUGUACACCGUAGUGAAGGAGAACUGCCUGGCCGGGCCGACCGGUGGCGCCAGCAAUGAUACCACCAGCAGCAGCAGCAGCAGCAGCAGCAGCAGCAUGGGCAGCGGCGGGUUGUUUCUAUCGUCCUCGCCGGCCAAGAGCCUCUCCCUUGCCUCUCGCAAUCGCCUCGUCGCCUUCCUCUGCACACUCUUUGGCGGCCCUGUGGCCGACCACCCCCUCUGCAACUUCACGGAACCCUCCUCUGGGCGGCAGUUGAAGGAUCAAGCAGAGCUCUUGGAAUACAUUCGAGCGACUCACCGCACUCCAUCUCGGCGCUUCUCUGCCGCCCAGCAGUCUCUCUUCAUCCAAAUCCUCAUCAUGGCGCUGCAGUCAGUCGUGCAGAAGAUGCCAGAUGAUGCCGUCCAAGCUGCCACUCGCCUGCUGCAUGCCUAUGACGAUGCAGUCGUCUCCAAUGCUUCUUCCUGCCCCCAAGCCGACUUCACAGUGCUGUGGGACUCAACCUCCUUCGCCCGCCGGGCCAUUGCGGACGGCCAGAGGGUCACGUGGGUGUGGAAUGACGACAAUUACCACGAGCUCAGAGUCAGUCGUUACUUGAUGCUCAUGCCCAUCGACUUGUGUGAGGCACCAGCAUGCCAUGAGGCACCUGAUUGCUGCAGCGAAACCAUGGGAGGCUCAGCUGUUCCUCAUCGAUCCCAUCUGCUUGUUUCCUCCCUGAAUUCUCGGGCUGCUCCCUCCUGCACUCCUCCACUGCUCCCUCCUGCACUCCUCCACUGCUCCCUCCUGCACUCCUCCACUGCUCCCUCCUGCACUCCUUCACUGCUCCCUCCUGCACUCCUCCACUGCUCCCCUCUGCACUCCUUCACUGCUCCCUCCUGCACUCCUCCACUGCUCCCCUCUGCACUCCUUCACUACUCCCUCCUGCACUCCUUCACUGCUCCCUCCUGCACUCCUUCACUGCUCCCUCCUGCACUCCUCCACUGCUCCCCUCUGCACUCCUUCACUACUCCCUCCUGCACUCCUUCACUGCUCCCUCCUGCACUCCUUCACUGCUCCCUCCUGCACUCCUCCACUGCUCCCCUCUGCACUCCUCCACUGCUCCCCUCUGCACUCCUCCACUGCUCCCCUCUGCACUCCUCCACUGCAGGGCCGGUGAGCUCAGAGCCGUUUCUUGGGUUUGGAGCAGGGAGGCUCGGCCUAUCACGGCUUGCCACGUGUGCAUGGGACAACAUCGGGCCCAGAGAUGCGACGGAUGAGCCUGCGCCAUGCGUGCUGCGUGAGUACAUUGUAGCGAUGACGUGGCAUGGAAGGAGUGGGUCGCCUGGCGACAAGGCAGGGGCGCAUUUCACGUACACCAAGGUGUUUGGCACGGCGCAGGACAUGACCGUCAAGGACUCGCCGCAGUCGCUCGCCUCCACUCUCCUCCGCGCCACCCCCCACCCAGGUGCGCCCAUCCCCCAGCCAGGGUGCCACCCCCCAGCCAGGUCAGCCCAUCCCUGCAAGGCAGUGCCACCCCUCGCCCAUGUGCCACCCCCCACGCCCACCCAUGUUCCACCCCCCACCAUGUUCCACCCCCCACCACGUUCCACCCCCCACGAUGUGCCACCCCCCACCAUGUUCCACCCCCCACCAUGUUCCACCCCCCACCAUGUUCCACCCCCCACCCAUGUUCCACCCCCCACCAUGUUCCAUCCCCCACCCAUGUUCCACCCCCCACCAUGUGCCACCCCCCACCAUGUUCCACCCCCCACCAUGUUCCACCCCCCACCAUGUUCCACCCCCCACCAUGUUCCACCCCCCACCAUGUGCCAACCCCAACCCAUGCGCGGCCAUUCCAGGCACCAGUGGCACUGCCACGUGACAAUCACUCGCACACACACACAUGCAUGCACGGGCCAUCCGUCCUUCAAGCUGCCUCACCUCACCAUCGCUCUCCCCUCCCUCUGCAUGCGCUCUGCCAUCUCGCCUUCUGCCAUCGCCCUCUGCCAUCGCCCUCUGCCAUCUCGCCCUCUGCCAUCUCGCCUUCUGCCAUGGCCCUCUGCCAUGGCCCUCUGCUCUGCGAUGCUCAUUGCAACCAUCCCUGCAACGUGGCACUCUCUCACCCAUCCUCUCGCCUGUCUCCAUGCACUGCCCUCGCCCUGCCCACCCGCCUGCCCCCCAGCAGAGCCGCCACCAGCCACGUCUCUGCGGCCGUACGAGCAGCUGCUGGCCACGCGCUGUGCGCCCGCGUGUGCGCUGGCCAUGCUGGCCAAUGGCCGCUGCGACCCCGCAUGCAACGUGGCUACCUGUGACUUCGAUGGGGGCGACUGUGCCUGCGCCACUGCCGGCGCUGCUGGCGGCAGCAGCAGUGGAAGCGCUGGAGCCGAUGUGCAGUGGUGUGAAUGCUCGGUGUUGCAAACACGCGGGGUUGAUGGUGCGUGCUGUGAGGCGGCGGGAGUGGGAGAGGGCAUCAAGGUGCCCUUCAGGCUGCGCCGCUUUGGCUCCACCGUGCAUCCCCUCGACGCCACUCCCGCCACCAACGCCUCUCUGCUGCCGCGCACUGUCUCCCAGUACAACAGGUGCCGCACUGUCUCCCAGUGCAACAGGUGCCGCACUGUCUCCCAGUACAACAGGUGCCGCACUGUCUCCCAGUACAACAGGUGCCGCACUGUCUCCCAGUACAACAGGUGCCGCACUGUCUCCCAGUACAACAGGUGCCGCACUGUCUCCCAGUACAACAGGUGCCGCACUGUCUCCCAGUACAACAGGUGCUGCACUGUCUCCCCGUACAACAGGUGCCACACUGUCUCCCAGUACAACAGGUGCCGCACUGUCUCCCAGUACAACAGGUGCCGCACUGUCUCCCAGUACAACAGGUGCCGCACUGUCUCCCAGUACAACAGGUGCCGCACUGUCUCCCCGUACAACAGGUGCCACACUGUCUCCCAGUACAACAGGUGCCGCACUGUCUCCCAGUACAACAGGUGCCGCACUGUCUCCCAGUACAACAGGUGCCGCACUGUCUCCCAGUACAACAGGUGCCGCACUGUCUCCCAGUACAACAGGUGCCGCACUGUCUCCCAGUACAACAGGUGCCGCACUGUCUCCCAGUACAACAGGUGCCGCACUGUCUCCCAGUACAACAGUGUGCUGGUGGGGCUGGUCAUUGUGCAGUACCGCUGGAACUCUGACCGCUGUGGUAACAGCAGGUUCCACUUCCAGGACGCAUGUGUGGGGGGGGAGUCGUCGAGGGCGUUUGGGGUGAACCCGGUGUUCCUGCCGUCCUCGUCGCUCUACAACCCCAAUGUCGCCGUCAGCAACACCACUGCCUUCACCAACCAGCCCUUCGCCAACCCCUUUGAGCUCAACGCCAAGGGGCUGCCCUUCGGCUUCCAGCAGCUCCCCGGCAGCGGGCGCUUCCCGAUCGUGUUUGACGUGAAUCUGGACAACGCGGGGGCAACGCGGCGGCUGCAGUACUUGGUGGACGGCUUCUUCAUCGACAACUACACCCGCACCAUCCACGUUGGCCUCAUCACCCGCAAUGCCAACGAGCAUCUAUUCACGGCCACCAAGGCCACCCUGACGGUGCAGUCGGGCGGCAGCAUGGAGGCGUCAUUCCAAGUGCAGCCGGUGAACGUGGAGUACUACAACAUGAAUGAGAGCAGCAACGUGCUGCGCCUCGUGGUCGAGCUGCUCUUUGUGGCCGCGGUGGCGUGGAGCAUCGUGGAGGAGGUGAAGGAGAUGCUGUGGACGUGGAAGGUGCAGCGCCGCUCCUUCUGGCACUACGCAAGCAAGGGCUGGAACUGGGUGGACUGGCUCUCCAUCGCCCUCCAGAUCACCGCCAUCGCCAUCUGGAUAUCAGUGGCGGUGACGCGAGCACAGGGGUUCACCAUCCAGCCUCACUACGACAUCUACUACACGCUCGACGACAACCCGCGCUACUGGUCGCUGCCCAACCCACCCGUGGGCUAUCAGGCCGCCAUGUCAGCAGUGGACACGCUUGGCUUCGUCACCAACCUCUGCGCCGUCUACUUUGCCCUUCAGGGCAUCAAUGUGUUCAUCAUGGUGCUGCGCCUCUUGAAGCUGAUGGACUUUCAGCCCAACAUGGGCAUCAUGACUCGCUCCCUCCGAGUCGCCAUGCCGUCUCUCCUCCACUUCUUCAUUCUCUUCUUCGUUGUCUUCGUGGCAUAUGCCAUCUACGGCUACCUGGUGUUCGGGAUGACCUUGGAGCAGUUCAGCACGCUGUGGUUGUCCCUGCAGACCUGCUUCUACAUGAUCGUGGGGCAGUUCUACGUGUCGUGGUUCCAGCAGAUGGUGGGGUGGCAGUACGCGGCGGCCAUGGUGUUCUGGUUCUCCUUCGUCAUCAUCUUCUGCUUCAUCCUCUUCAACUUCCUCAUCGCCAUCAUCGUGGAUGCCUUCAUGGCCAUCAAGGAGUCAUCGGACAAAGCACCGGCAAUCUACCAGGAUAUGUACUUGAUUGUGGUGCGCUUCUUCCGCCGCGUGGCAUCGCCGUACACAAGGUACAGCCGCCUGCUGCGCCACCUCAUUCGCCUCGGAGCAGAGAACACCGCCAAUGCGGUCAUGGAGGUGAGCGGCCCGGCCAGGGAGGUGAGUGGGCAGGGAGGUGAGCGGGCAGGGAGGAGGCUGACCUCUGGCCAAAGCUUUCCUGCGUUCUUUCCUGCUCGGCGUCCCACUGCCUCUGCCCUCUUACGGAACCGCUUUCCAUCCCUUCCCAUUGUCCCAUUGUCCGCCACUCUGCAGAAAAGCCUUGGGCAGUCUGGUCAGCAAUGCCUCUCCUCGAGCUUUCAGUGCAGCAGGGAGGUGAGAGGCAGCAGGCGUGAUACUGAUGGAGAAAGGUGGGAGGAUGCUGACAGUGAUGGCGAACUGGGGAGAAUUGGAGCAGAGGAGGGAAGGGAGGAGAAAGAAGAGGAGAAGAGGGGGGGUGGUGCGACGGAAGGUGUUCCUUACAAUGCCUUGCAAGCACAGGCCCAUUUUGAUGCGCAGCAACAAGUGCUAGCCAUGGUGGGAGCAGAAGAGACUGGUUUAAUCCGGGGAGAGAGCACCAAGGGGUUGUUGGCGAGUGGUGGGGUCGCCAAGUCCCAGGCAGCCAGCAGCACCAACACUCAGCUGGCCGCCCAUGCUUCCACCACUGCUGCUGAUGCUUGCACGAUAGUUGCUGAUCCUGCCACCAUGGGUGGCAGCAUGGUAAAGCCGGCAGUGCAGAGGCGGCGGAGCUUCUGGCGGCUGAAAACGCUGGAUGAGCGGGAGACUGUGGUGGUGGUGGGGGAGAGGCAGCUCAACGCCCACUCGCUCUCUUCCAUCCUGCGCCGUGCACACGCCCGCAUGGUGAGAUGGGGGCACUGCAUGCAUGCCAAGGGAUGGGAUGAGCAUUUCAUGCACACCCGCUGGAGAUGCUCACCUGCAAACGCUGAGGGAGGCGGGGGAGUGCUGCUCACACUUCAUGCCUUUCUCUCCCAUGCCAUCCCAUCCCAUCCGCCCCUGCAGCGGCGCUCUCUCCCCGACGAGCAGGAGGAGGACCCCAUGGACGUGGCAGCGCUGGGGGCGGUGCUGCUGUCGGAGCUGGGGGAGAGCGCGCCGCCUGCCGAAGCCACGGAGGGAGGCGAGGCGGCAAAGGAGGGCGACCUGCUGGCCAUGCAGCGCCACGUGGAGGCGCUGCAGGCCGACGUGGCCCGUGGCUUCGACCAACUUCGCGAGCAGCUCAGCAGCAAGCUUCAGAGCUCCCAUCGCAUCCAGUUGGCACAAGCACCCAGUCAGGACCUCCUCCCGGACCAGCCAAGCGAUGGUCAGGAAGAGGCCGGGCGAGGAGCAUGGGAGCAGGUUUUGAUGCAGGUGGGGAAGGUUCGGGAGGAGGCUGAGAGGGAACGAGCAGAGGUUUGGGAGGUGGUGCGUGAAGUCCGACGAGAGAUACAAUUGCUACGGGCAGCAAGAGGGGAGGGGAGAUAG